AUUUUUUCCUCACAAACUGCGUCAUUUUUUUCUCCUUCCGCUUUCUCGUGUCUGCUGUGAAGACACCAGCUGCUUGAAAAUCUAUUAACCUACUUUACUUACAGAGCAACCAGCACACACAAGCUUCUCAACUCAACUCUACUAAUCAAGAAGCACAAAUCAUCCUCAUCCUCCCCAUUAUCAUCAUACUAAAGCUACCUUGUUUAGUAGAUGUUUUUUUUUCUCUUCAGUAUCUGAACAGAAAUGUUUGGGUCAAAAAGCAUCCUUUGGAUCACCUUUGCAGCUUUUUGUGUAACCACAGGAAGUUGUAAAGAAUUUUAUCAAAAAACUGGCGAUACCGUAAAAAUGGACUGUGCUGCUGAGGGUCCAAUGAACGAAGUAGAGUGGAAAAUGAACAACCACCUGGUGCUAUUCAGGGACAAAUCAGGAAGAAUGCGUAAAGCUGGUUUAGGCAAUAGUGAUAGGGCACGGAUAGAAGGAACCUCGUUGAAGAUUUCCGGAUUGCAGCACACCGACUCUGGAGAAUUCACAUGCAGAUCAGCCAAGCACAUGCUGUAUGUGGCAUCAGCCAAUGCAAACCCUUCUGUGGUGCUGCACUCCAGUGAAACAAAGUUAAGCUGUGAUAUCACUGGGGACUUUAAAGGAAAAUUUAAAUGGACAACACCAAAAUCUCAAGUGCAAGCCCAAAGUAAGGAGGUGAAUGUGAAAGCUACCUCAGAACAUUCAGGAUCCUGGAAAUGCACCAUCACAAAUAAUCAGCAGGAGGAAUUGAUAACGCUGGAAGUGAUCCUCAAAGUUGUUGGUCCUCUGGUCACCUCGGAGAACGUUAAGGUUUCUGAAGGGGACUCUGCAAUGCUGCCAUGUUCUCUAUCAGCCUCCAGUGGACUGUCUAUAACGGGGGGCUCAUGGACACGUAACUCCUCUGGUGUCCACUUGGUCACAUUAAUGAGGACAGAGAGCGAUGUCAAAUGGAAUAAAACUAACGUCAAUACUGAUAAAGUUGGCUUCAGUGACACAAAGCUGUCAAACUAUGAUGUGAAACUGAAAAAGGUGAAGCUUGAUGAUGCUGGUGUGUAUGUGUGCAGUCUGAAGUUUGACAAUGGAAAAUCUCUGAGUGCUAGUUUGAUGUUGAUGGUUUCGAGAAGAGAUGGUCCUGCUCCUGAGACAGGUUCUAAAACAUCUACAUUGGAAAAAAUGUGGUUUGGUUUGCCUUUGUGGAUCUGGAUUGGAAUGUUAGUGAUUCUGUUUGUUGUUGUGCUUGUCAUUGUUGUCGCCAUUGUACUGUUGUGCUACAGAAAGAAAAGAAUGAAGAGAAAGUUGAAGAACUCCAAGCGGCAACCCAAGAAUUACUGCAUAUGUGACAGUGCUAGGAGGCAGAGUGGUAAAAGCCCAGGUAAAAGCCCAGGUAAAAGAGAGCGGCCUCCACCUCUCCCCAGGCAUCAGUACAACUCUUUAAAUGAAUAACGGAUCAAAUGGUCAAGGAGCGACAGACAAUAAUACAGGAGAUAACAAAGCUUCAAGAAACUAGGAAAUCACCAGGAAAACUGCUGAUCAUAGCUUGCUUAUGCUCAUAAUUUCAUUCUUAUUUUUUAUUAUUAUUUGUUGAUGUCAAGAAUAUUGCAAGAUUUAAAUAACCAAACAUAAGCAAAUCCUUUCCAAGUGUUUUGUGUUUCUUUUCUUCUGUUGUAAAUAAUACUUUCCUGAAAAUAUUUUUAUUGAAGUUUUAUAAUUUAGAUAGAGGAAUGAUUGUAUUUGUUUCAUCUGAUUCACUGUAUGUUCAAGAGUUUCUUUCUUCUACCUUAAUGAAACAUUGAAAUAAAGCAUAAACAUAUAUACGUUAUAUAGACCUAUAA